CUCGCGCUCUGCCGCGUAAACCCUGUGCGUCGCAAUGAGAUAUGGCGGACCCUGCAAUUGAGUGGAUUCAACUGAAACUGGACCCCUCAACGAGGCGUUGCUAGCUUGUAGGCUAAGUCAUUACUUAUUCUAUCGUGUCCUCCCUCCAGAUUCUCUCAAGUUUACUAUUUUCAAGCCUAUUGGAACGUCAGAAUGUCUAACCCUACUAUCGUCUUUGCUCCUGGUGCGUGGCACACUGCUGAUUGCUACGAUGUCGUGCGAAAAGAACUCAAUGCCAGGGGUUGGGAGACUGAGGCCGUUGAUUACCCCUCUGUUGGCGCGGAGCCUCCUAGCAAGGGAUUGAGCGAUGAUGUCGCCGCUGUGCGAGCUGCUGUUGAGAAGUUGGUCGAGGAGGGCAAGAAGGUCAUGGUUGUCGUUCACUCAUACGGUGGACUUGUUGGCGCUGAGGCUGUUCAAGGCUUGGGCUUGAAGCAGCGGGCACAGGAGGGCAAGGCAGGUGGUGUGAUUCAGCUUGUUUACCUGAGUGCUUUCGUCAUGCCAAAGGGAAACAGUAUCCUAGGGCUCCUUGGAGGACAGUAUCUUCCUUGGAUGCGUGUCGAGGGAGACUAUGUCUAUGCUGACAACCCCGACAAUGUCUUCUACCAUGAUGUUGAUCCUGAAACUCAAACCAAGGCCAUUGCUGCUUUGAAGCAUCAAUCUCGUCGUGUGUACACCGACAAUGUCGAGUACGAGCCAUGGCACGACAUUCCCUGCUUCUUUAUAUUCUGCGACGAAGACCGUGCUAUUCCUUUGGGUAUUCAAGAGAAUCUCGCUUCCAUGCUGGGACCUGAUGCUGGAACCUUCCACGUCAAGAGCUCUCACUCACCAUUCCUCUCGCUACCUAAGGAGACGGUUGAGGGUUUGGAGAAAGCUGCUCAGGAUGGGUUGACCAAGAGUUCAAGCUAGAUGUGUUGAGGAAUCUUUUGUAGUUUAAAUCCUGUAGCGUAUUGAAAUCAUGAUUUGAUGGAAAUAUAAAUUCCUGUGCUUGAAUUGUAAUGCGCCCAUAUUAGCUGGGUUUAAAGGCCCCAAGAUAUUCUCCUUAACCUCGUGAUCAAGUCUCUUUAGACCAUUCACCUGUAAAUCAUUGCCUCUGUUACACAAGGAGUAAAUAUGUUUUCCUCCUUUUGCGUCUUUAUGGCACACGCCUUCAAGACGAUUCCGUUCAAACGACCGUGAGCUGCGAAGGACACUUGAACUUUGCAGCUGUCUAGAGUUUUGCUGGUUUAGGCAACGAGUCCAGGCAGCCAUCAUGUCUCCCGACUUUCACCUUCUCUCAUCUCGGGAUCCA